AACAAGUUUAUUUCCCAGUGGGGGUGUGCGCCGUGACUCGUGAAACGACCCAGUAUCUCAUAUCAUUUACCCCGGUUCAAAUAAAUUUCUCCAAUAUUAACCCCGGUUCGCCAGGAUCUUCAAAACGUCUCGAAAUGUCCCACCAGAAUUUCAUCGACUUGGUCAACGCGGUCAACAGAGGGAACGACAGGUUAUCCGGUGCACUCGAGUCCCAGAUUGGGGAUUCAACCACAUUUGAAUGUAAGAACAUCAUCAUGGAGCGACGUGAGUUUCGAAGGUAUGGGCUAGGCUGGUGCUGCUGCGCUGAGAGUCGUCAACUUGGCCAGAACAAUCACUUUCCGUUGCGUGGUCCGAGUAUCUCUGCUACACCCUUGACAUGGCAAGACAGUCAGCUUCCCAAAGACCCUCCAGUUCGCCAUAAACCUGCAUCCAGCAGUGGGGAUGGCGACGGGGCAACGCAGCGACGAUGAGUGUAGUGAGGAUCCUGCCAGGUUACUGCCAACUUGAUAAAACAAA